UGACCCAGCGAUGCGCGGCCUGUGCACGGUCACAUGACCGUGAUGUCAUCCGGGGGUCUUGUAGCAGCACGGGAGUUGUACGUGUGCCUAUGCUCCAGCGCUGAGUAUCUGCCGCCUGGCCGGGGCAGCCCAGCAUGAUGUUCGGUCUGGGCACCGCUGUAAGGACGUUGUAGAGGAUUUGUGACUGGUGUUUGACAUCAUGCACCAUCGUUGGCUAUUACCCCUCGCAUGCUUCUGGGUCCUGUUCAUGUUGAUGGUUGCCAGCAAGUUUAUCACCCUGACUUUAAAAAGCCCAGAGGGUUAUGGAGCCAGACAAGGGUCCCAAACUAUUUUACCAGAAGUUGAAAAAAUAACUGUUACUGAGGCAAAGAAAUUACAGAUUGAGAGUCAGCCAUCUGCAGAGCCUCUAAAAAAUGCGUUGCACCUUGAUCUCCUCCACAAAGAGCGCUUGGAGCUGUUGCAGACUGUGUGCAGAAAUGGAUCACUGGGUAACCAGUCUCGCGCCAUCAUCUCCAAGUUUGUACUGGACCGAAUCUUUGUCUCUGAAAAGCACAAAAUCUUGUUUUGUCAAACCCCCAAAGUAGGAAAUACACAGUGGAAGAAAGUUCUCAUUGUUUUAAAUGGGGCAUUUCCUUCAAUCGAGGAUAUUCCAGAAAGUAUUGUUCAUGACCAUGACAAGAAUGGUCUGCCUAGGCUAUCUUCAUACAGUAUAUCAGAUGUGCAUGAGCGACUGAACUCCUAUUUCAAGUUUUUUAUUGUGCGUGAUCCAUUUGAACGACUUAUUUCUGCCUACAAGGAUAAGUUUGUACAUAACCCUCGUUUUGAACCAUGGUACAAGCACAACAUAGCUCCUGUCAUCAUCCGCAAAUACAGGAAAGAUCGCUCCGAGACCAAAGGAGGUCUACAGUUUCAAGACUUUGUACGAUACUUGGGGGACCCAAACCACAAGUUUCUAGAUCUCCAGUUUGGGGAUCAUAUAAUACACUGGGUAACAUAUGUAGAACUUUGUGCACCUUGUGAAAUUAAUUACAAUGUGAUUGGACAUCAUGAGACUCUUGAGGAAGAUGCUCCAUACAUCCUGAAAGAAGCAGGUAUAGACAGACUGGUAUCCUAUCCCCAUAUACCUCCAGGAAUCACCCGUUACAAUAAGACAAAGGUGGAACAAUAUUUCUCUAAAGUAUCAAAGAGAGACAUUCGACGCCUUUAUGAGAGAUUUGAAGGCGACUUCAGACUUUUUGGAUAUAAAGAGCCAACUUUCUUAUUUUAACUAUGUGGUAUGGACUAUUGUGAGUUGGCGUUCUGCUGCUUGUCAUGCCAACAAGAGGACAUAGAAACCUAGAGUAAAGGCAGAAAAAGACCAAAUGGUCAAUCUAGUCUGCCCCUUUUUUAUUUAUUGUUUUUUUUGUUUUUGUUUUUUAACCUUUUUGUCUGAGACAACUGGGUCACUUGACUUGAUGGGUUCCCUGUGAUGACCAUUUGCACUUGGCCCACUUACACUGGUGUACUGCUCUCGUACUAAGUUUUAUGGGUUGGGAGUUUUUUUGAGAAACGACCUAGGAUUUUCUUGAUUCACAAAUCAAAUGUGAACAAAGCUUACUGUUUACAGCCUAAAAGUAUUAGCAAUAUACACUGUUGAACAUUUUAAAGCUGUGACAAUCCUUUGCAUUGUUACAGCAGUCAACUUUUUGUUUUUACUGGUAAUUUUUGUGUUUGUAAUGUGCCAUUUGAAGAGUCACUAAGCUGAAUAAUGUCGCCUCUCAUUAAAAGAAAUAUAGGAAUGUAAAAAAUGUAUAUGGCGUUACAAGGUUUACAGUGA